AUGUCUGUUCUUCCAUGGCGAUUUGAAAGCUAUCAAGGGUUGGGAGCAUUGCAGACCGGAAAAAUCCUUCCACUUGCAUAUGCAAUUGUAGAUUCAGAGAAUAAUAAAUCUUGGCAGUGGUUCUUCGUCCAGAUAAAGGGUACUUUUGGUGUUAGGGAAGGGAUGCGUAUAGUUUCAGAUAGAAAUGAAAGCAUCUUUAAUGCCACAAAAGUUGUGUACCCAGAAGUUCCACAUUGUAUUUGCAUGCUUCACUUGUGGCAGAAUGUCAAGCGCACAUUCAAGAAACAUCACAAACAAUUGAAGGAUAUCUUCUUCGCUUUGGCUAGAGCUUACACGAUAAAGAAGUUUGACUACCAUAUGAUCGAGAUGUGCAAAAUUGAUCCGAGGGUGCAGCCUUACUUGUUCAAAAUUGGCUAUGAAAGGCGGUCUAGGGCAUACUCCAAAGUGAAAAGCUCGAUGUGGAACAACAAAAACAGAAAAAGUGCAAUGGAGACAUUUAUAGAGCUUGGCGAAAAGUACGACAAACUCCUUCAGGAAAAUCUGAUUGCAUCGGAGCAAAUGACGGUGAGGCCUACUACGGAGCAGUUAUAUAUUGUGCUUGAAGGGGUAAGCCAAAACAUAGUGUGCCUUGAAGAGGGAACAUGCAGUUGCGGCAAAUUUCAAAUGGAUGAACUUCCAUAUCCGCAUGCUUGGGCGGUUUUGAAGAACCAGCAGCUGACACCUGGCUAG